UGACCGUUUUGUUUUAAGAGCAAAGGUUUGUUACUGAAUCGUUACAAAUUAAAUGUUGGUCAUGUUUUGAGGUCGGGUAGUUUGUUCGUUAAGUAUAUGACACUAACCACUUGAACGACAUAUAAGAUGUUAGGUCACGUGUUCAUCGACAUAUUUGUUUUGCCGAAUAAGAAUGCCCUCAGUUGACCUUUCAAUUUCGAUACCAAUAAAGUAAGAAAGUAGACAUAGUUUUUUCAACUAAAAAGCAGUCUGGAACCCGUUUGUGAGCCAUUGAAUUCUCUCAUUGUCAUCCUAAACAACAUAAUAUCAUUAACAUACAUUAACAAAACUUUUGAACUUAAUUUGUACAAAAUGGUCACCAAAAGUCUAAUUUGCAACGAAACGGUAACAAAAGCUUGAACUGGUAUGAAAUGGUCACACUGUUUAAUUUGUGACCGUUUUGUUCUAAGUAAAAAAGUUUUGUUAUCAAAUGGUUACAAUUUAAAGGUUUGUGACUGUUUUGUACUAAGUGCAAAGAUUUGUGACCAUUUAUGCUAAUUACCCUUGAAGUCGCCCACAACUACUUCUCUAAGAUUUAUUUGCCAAAAAAUCAAUCCAGAGAGACUCUAUCUCAUUGAUCUUCGUGACAAUAGAAUUUCAGGUGAGAUUCCAGCUUCUUUGUCUCAAAUUUCAUCUUUACGAAUUUUGAGUCUUCGCAACAAUCUCUUUCAAGGGCCGAUUCCAGCAACUCUUUCCAAUCCCAUAAGCCUUCAAAUAUUAGACCUCUCGGGAAAUAAAUUCAGUGGCAGGGUGCCCAGCAGUUUAGGAAAGUUGACUGGAAUGACAGUUGCUCCGAACGACUUAUCAAUGAUGGAGUCUAAUAUGAAUGUUAGCUCGGCUUAUUUCUACGACGAUAUGAUUAGGUUUGCAUCCAUUUCAUGGUUGGAAGUCUUUUGGAAGACUCAUCAUCAGGGGCUUCCGAACAAACACUUGGGAUUAUACACUUUCCUUGAUCUAUCCAAUAAUCAACUGUCAGGUGCAAUCCCGAAAAGCUUGGGUAACUUGAGGAGUCUCAAAGUGCUCAACCUCUCGCACAAUAGUCUCUCCAGUCGAAUCCCAGCUAGCUUUGGCAACAUGAAAGAAUUGGAGAGUUUGGAUUUGUCUCGCAACCAUCUGUCGGGAGAGAUUCCAGGAUCUUUGGGGACACUACUGCAAAUCACUAAUCUGCAAUUGAGCGAUAACAAUCUCUCCGGCCGGAUCCCUGCCGGCCCCCAAAUGGACAGGAUGAAUGAUCCCAAUUCUUACGCUAACAACGACGCCGGAUUGUGCGGAAUACAGAUUGCCAAACCGUGCGAUGAUACGCCACCACCUGCAACACAGGAGGCAGCGCCUAGAGGAGGAUUGGAGAAUGAAGAAGGGUUCUGGUUUUCGUGGAUGACAGCAGGAAUUGGAUACGGUACUGGAUUUUUCACGACGGUGCUUGGAGUGUACGGCUUCGGGUACUUCCACCGCAUUCCAGAGCUGCGGCGGCGACGAAGGAUGAUGAGGCGCCGUGCCAUCAGGUUCUGAUGAUGAGUUGAAAUGUGUUGCUGUGAUCCCGAAUCAAAUGGUUGAUUCAAUUAUUACUCUAUUCUAAUGUAAUUAGUAACGAUGAAGUCCUAUUACCAUGUAAUGUUGCCGUAGGAAGAAGUGCUGAAACAAGUUGCGGAGAUCGAUCGAAACGGAUUGGUCUCCUUUCUUGCAUCUUCCUUAGAUCAGGUGCAGCCACAUUGAUCCGUAUCCUUUUCCUAGCAAUGUACACCUUGUUUUGCUAUUAAUGUUGGUGAGUGCUGUACAGAUGAAACAAGUGAGGAAAAAGUAACAGUGUGAGACAGAAAAAAAACAAACCCCCUCGACCUCCUCCUAGCUAGGGUUUUGAAGCUAUGUCCAUUCGAUC